UGAUAGUUCAAUACGAUAGUAUGACACGAUAGAAUGUAAUGGAUAUUAAUAUCUUAAAUCGGCAAAAGUUUUAACUUAAUAUUUUUGUUUUCUGUAAUUUAUUAAAAUGAAUAAGUAUCAGUAAUGGGAGACUUGUUUGAUAUUGCAAAUCUAAUUACAACUGUCGGUGUUGAUAGAAUAAAAAUUAAGCCGGAACCUGGAUUACCAGAAAAAUCAUCAAAUGAGAUAUUAACAGAAUUGUUUAGCACAUUUGAUGCUGAAGAGGAAAUAGCAUCAUCGGAGAAUACUGAUCAACAAGUUCCGAAUGCCAAUAUUAAAGUUGAAAAGUCUAAUAAAUCUCAGGUUAAGAAAAAAAAGGCUAAAAAGAAACAUAAACAUAAGGACAAAAAGCAUAAAAAAAAGUCAAAACGAAAUUCUUCUGAAAGUAAUAGUGAUCUUGAAAAUAUUAAAAAGAAGAAAAAACAUAAAAAGAAAGCAAAGCGAAAACAUGAAAAUGAGUCAAGUCGGUCAUCAGAUUCAGAUGAGCCCAAAAAUAAAAUGGUGAAACUUGAUGGAAUAUGUAGCAGUGUAAAAAAGAAAAGUUAUAAUAAAAAUAAUGGACCUGAGAAAAAAAAUAUGGACACGGUAGAAAAUUUUGACAAGUUACUGAUAAGUAAAAAAAAUGCAGAAUUAGAAAAUACCUUUGCAGAAGAACCAGAUAGCCCUCAAUUGCCACCUAUUUCAAAGAAAAAUCAAGAUGAACUUGAAGAACAAUUAAUACUUAAAAUUCUUGAAAAACCAAAGCAAGCACUUCAAGGCAAAAUAUUAAUAAAAGAUCUUAAGAACAGUACAGUUUAUAAUGAUACAGUAAAAGAAAUUGAAAACAAGGAAAAGGAAAAGGCAGCUCGAAUGGAAGAUGGUGAAUUAUCUGAUAGUAGUACAGAUAAUAGAACACCUACAUUAAGUCCUAGUCCAAUACAUUGCACUUCCUUCAGAUCACCAACCUUAAGUCCAACUUUGGAAAAGGUAGAAAAUAGAAUACUGAGUCCUUCAAAAGGAGAAAUAACAGCAAGGAAUGACUUAAGAUUAAUUUUGAGAGAAAGAGAGAAGAAGAGAUUAGGAGAUGUGGACAAAAGGAUGGAUGGCUUAGAAAAAUCAAAAUUGUAUAUGGAUAAUGUAUAUAAAGAAAAAGCAUAUAAUUAUAACAGUAAAAUUGCAACAAGCAAAGAUACUAAACACAGUAACAAUUGCCAUUCACAAGAAAGGAAAAGAUCUGAAUCUCGUACACGUACUAAUUUACGUAGAAGUAGAAGCAGAGGAGGAGAUAAACGAAGAGACAAAAGUAAAGACAGAUACAAUAAAAGUCGAAGCAGCGAUAGACGAGAAUCUUUAAAAUGUAAAGAACGACGGAGACACAGAAGUCGUAGUGAUGAUAGAAACAGAGAUAAGUAUAUUCGAGGACGAAGUAGAAGUAGAGAACGGAAGGAACGGAUAGAAAUUGAUAAAAAAAAAUUAUUGGAAAUAGCAAGAAGGAAUGCAAUAAAUAUGAUUAAGCAAGGAACAUUACCAUUAGUGCAACAGGAUAAAGCUAUUGCUGCAAUUCAAGCUGGUGGGAAAACAGUUGAUGAACUCACAGACUUUUGCAAAUCAUUAUCAAAAUCUGAAGCAUUAGGAGAACUUUCUAGUAUUUCUUCAGAAGAAGAUGGAAGUGAAUCUGAAAAAGGAUUCCAUCAUCCUUUUCUUCUUAAAGGACGUCCUAGUUCUAUUAUAAUGAAUAUUAGGGAUGCAAAACAGUUACCCACUAAAACAUUCCAAGAAAAAACUGUAGAAUCAUCAAAUCAAUUACGUUUACAGUUUCCUGUAUCAAGUGGUCAACAUCAUAGAAAAAGCGAAAGUGAAUGGAUACCAGUUACCCCAAAGAAACCGGAACCAAAAAAGCAAUUUAUACCUCCUUCCAGUUCAGUUGAACCUCUUGCUGUAAUACCUACAACUACUUCUAUAUAUCCGACACAAUCCACAGUUUUCUCUCAUCCAAUAGCAACAGAGCCAAUAGAUAUUGGUUCAAUAGUAUCUCAAAGAUUAGCAGCAAUGAGAAAAUUAAGGGAAAAUCCAAAUGAUAUAUGUGCUCAAAAUGAAAUGUACAGAGCACAGAAUGAGAUGAAAACUUGGGCUGAAAGUAAACAAAUGCCAGGUCAGUUUACUGGCAGUACAGGAGCUAAAGUACUCUCACCUGCAGAACUUACUUCAGGUUAUCAAGCCUGGGCUCGUAAGGAUCAAUUAGUAUCAGCACAGCCUGUUUCGGGUGGGAUGGGUAUGGCUUUACUACAGAAGAUGGGUUGGCGACCAGGGGAGGGUUUGGGAAAAAAUAAAGAAGGUACUCUUGAGCCCUUGCAGCUUGAAGUAAAAUUGGAUAAACGAGGCCUCGUUUCAGAACAAGAUGUUGGACAAAAAGUAGGAAAAGCUACAAAGCCACUAGUACCAGCAAUUAAAACUUUAGAAGGAAAGCAUCCAGUAUCAUUGUUGGGUGAAUAUUGUUCAAAGCGGAAGCUUGGUGCACCAGUCUAUGAACUGUGCUUUGAAUGUGGACCAGACCACAGAAAAAAUUUCCUUUUUAAAGUUAAAGUAAAUGGAAUUGAGUAUAAGCCAAGUGUGGCAAGUCCUAACAAAAAGCAAGCUAAAGCAGAAGCAGCACAGAUUUGCCUGCAAACUUUAGGAUUAUUACCUGAGACUAGUUCUAUACCUACUACAAAAUCUUGA